CCGCGGCCCACCCUCCCGCGCUCGCCCGGGAUCCCUGCUCGCGCCGGCUGCGCCAGCCUUUUCCCCUACCCCGUGUUUCCCCGAGCGUCCUGAGCACCACGGCGACACCAUGUUGGGCAUGAUCAAGAACUCGCUCUUCGGGAGCGUAGAGACUUGGCCUUGGCAGGUCCUGAGCAAAGGGAGCAAGGGAGAUGUCUUCUACGAGGAGAGGGCCUGUGAAGGCGGGAAGUUUGCCACAGUGGAAGUGACAGAUAAGCCUGUGGAUGAGGCUCUGAGGGAGGCAAUGCCAAAAGUCAUGAAGUAUGUGGGAGGCUCCAAUGAUAAGGGACUCGGAAUGGGGAUGACAGUUCCUAUUUCCUUUGCUGUGUUCCCCAGUGACGAUGGGGACCUACAGAAGAAAUUAAAAGUCUGGUUCCGGAUUCCAAACAAGUUUCAAAGCGACCCGCCAGCUCCCAGCGAUGACAGCAUUAAGAUCGAAGACAGGGAAGGCAUCACUGUCUAUUCCACGCAGUUUGGUGGUUAUGCUAAGGCAGCUGAUUACGCUGCCCAAGCCGCCCAGCUGCGGUCCGCCCUGGAGAGCACAGCCAAGUACCAGACGGACUUCUACUUCUGCACCGGCUAUGACCCUCCCAUGAAGCCCUACGGACGUCGCAACGAGGUCUGGCUGGUGAAGAGCAGUGAAUGAGUCACUGGCUGAGCCCCGAGCUCCACGGGGGUCUGCAUCUGUGCCCACUUCCCCUGGGAGGAAGCAGCGCCCCCGUGCCGCUCCAGCAGAACCAACUUCCCUUCAGAGCCAGUCACUGCCAAUUUCCUGAGAUAAGCACGGUCCAGAUGCUGAGGCUCUGUUUCUCUUGGUGGGAAAUAAUGUACCCGCGAUACACAUGCGUCCUUCUAAUUGACUUAUAGACAAUUCAGUGGUAGGCCAGAAAAACCCAGCAGCAUUUUUCCAGCUCUCUGGAUCCCCUAAAAACAGAUUUUUAAAAAUCAUGAAAACUGUAUUUUUAUUAAUCCACGAAGAAGUGUGAUUUACGCGUGAUCUUUCAUAUGUAAUUCUUAGAAGAGCUUUCUUUAAAAAGAAGCCAAAAAUAAAGAUCUUUGACUUAAAACAGCUGAAACAAA